AACUGGGCCGGCCAGUCAGCCGGGGGCGUGGGCAGGGCGCGGCCUCGAGCGGGAAACAUGGCAGAGUUGGGUCCUGGCGGUGGCGGCGGCGGCUACAAGGGUGGGAGUGACGACAGCUCGUUCCAGGCGGCUGUAGAGGUCUUCGCGAAGCUGAAGGACCUCAAUUGCCCCUUCCUUGACGGUCUUUAUAUCACAGAACCAAAGACCAUUCAGGAACUGCUGUGUAGCCCCUCGAAGUACCGCUUGGAAAUCUUGGAGUGGAUAUGCACACGGGUCUGUCCCUCCUGGCUUGACAGGUUCAGCUUGCUGAAGGGGGCGUCAGCCGAAGUGAAGAUCCAAGCAGAGAUGGUGAAACUGGGCCAUGAACUGAUGUUGUGUGGGCUGGAUGACCAGGAGCUCCUGAAGGGCCGGGCCUGCGCCCAGAAGCAGCUGCACUUCAUGGACCAACUGCUGGACGUGGUCCGCAGCCUGAGUGUCGGCGACUCCAGCUGCCCCAGCAGGAACCCCGCCACGCUCCAUCCCAGGGGAACGCAGGCUCACCCCACCGAGGAUGGAUACCUGGGCUGUCCCUGCAGCACGGAGGAGCGCUUUGAGGACACCAGGGAGAAGACCGAGGGGCUGCUGGGGGAGCUCUUCUCCAGCCCUUGCCUGCAGAUGCUCCUGAGACCUGAGUGUGAACCGUGGCCCCUGGACGUGCAGCCGCUUCUCGACAAGCAGAGCAACAACAGGCAGGAGGCCAGCCCCUCGGUCAAGUCAGAGGAGGAGAAGGUGGCAGAACUGGCCCGGCAGCUGCAGGAAAGUGCCUCAAAGCUUCAGGCACUCCAGGUAGAGUGCUUUGCACAGCAAGGAGCUGCUGUGGGCAGCGCCCACGCCAGCACCCUGGACCAGAAGCUGCGCCUGGUCACCUCUGACUUCCAUCAGCUUGUCGUGGCUUUCCUGCAAGUCUACGAUGGUGAGCUGGGCGAGUACUGCCAACGCCCAGGCCCCUACCUCCAUCCAUGUGGCCCCAUCGUCCAGGCCGUGUACCAGACCCUGAUGUCGUGCAGCCAACUAUUGAAGGCAGCUGUGGAAGUCACUAGCACCUCGGCGAAAGCCAUGCAGAUGGCGAACCAGCAGCAGGACGAGCAGAUAUGUUGGGGCAACAACAGCUCUGUCAUGAGUCUAGCCACCAAAAUAGAAGAGCUAACCCAGCAAUAUAAGACCUUCAGCGACUGUCUGCACAAAGGCCCACAGUAGCCUGUGAGCAGGGAGCUCUACCCCGAAGAGCCAGGCAGCAGCAGUCAGCCCCCUUGCUGCCUCUAGCUGCUCAGCACCUUCAGCUCUUUGGUGGGGGGUGGGGUGGGGUGGGGUGGGGAGUGAAGGGAAGGGAACGUGGGGAUGGUGGGGGGUGGAGGUGGGGUGGGGUGGGGCGGGUUUGGAUGGUGUGAGCUGGGGAGAAAAGAAAGCCCAGGUUU